AUGAAUGUUCGAUAUGUUACAGCUAAAAUGCUUCUUCACCUUUCUCAAUUAUCUCUUAUUCCAUCAAAUCAAGUUCAAACAGCAUUGAAUAAUCUUUUGAUUGAUCCUAGUUCAAAAGAGAAUCUUUGGUUGGUUAAAGAUCAAGGCAAUGCCUGGAUGGAAUGUGUAUAUUAUAAUGCUGGACCGUUUAAUGACGUUGUUUAUUCUCUUCUCAUUCAACAUUUGACUGGUGAUAUAAAUACAAUUAUUCGAAGAAAUGAACUAAAUAAUAUUGAUGCGAGCUUUAAUGAAUCCGAACAAGCAGCUCAUAUUGAUAGUCAUGAAACUGCAGAUGAAUGA